AAGGAAAACGACGCUUUCCCACUCUCUAUAAAAAUAAUCAAUCCUCAUCACCACACCCUUUCCAUUUCUCUUACACAACACUAAAAACUUCACUCUAAACAACCUCUCCUCCUCCCUCCACAACCACCACUACAACCACCACUGACAUGACGGAAAAAAAGUGUAGCCACCACAAGUGCAAGAAGAAGAAGAUCAUCCAGCGCUGUUGCGCCGGACUAAUGAUCUUCCUCUUCUUAGCCCUACUUACUAUCCUCAUAGUAUGGGCCAUUCUUCAGCCCAAAAAACCCCGUUUUAUUCUCCAAGACACGACCAUCUUCACCUUCAACGUAUCCGCCCCAAACAUCUUCUCUACCUCCAUCCAAGCCACAAUAUACGCGCGUAACCCUAACAAGAAUAUCGGUAUUUAUUACGAUAAAAUGGACAUAUAUGCAAUGUACCAUAGUCAACAAAUUACGUAUUACACGCAAAUACCCCCGGUGUAUCAAGGCCAUAAGGACGUUAACAUAUGGUCACCGUUUGUUUACGGUAAUAACGUCCCUAUCGCUCCGUAUAACGGGCCGGGCCUAACGGAAGAUCAGGCAAAUGGGGGAGUUUGGUUGGAUUUUAAGAUAGACGGGCGUGUAAAGUGGAAAGUGGGCUCCGUUACAACGGGGCAUUACCAUUUACAUGUCACGUGCUCUGCAUAUGUUCCGUUAGGUGACCGGCCCGGUAACGGAGGGAUUAUGGUUGGGAAAAACGCCGUUAAGUAUCAGUUAUCACGGAGCUGUGAUGUCAGUGUUUGAAGUAUACCAGGCAUCAAGUUUGUUUUUUAGUUCUCUAAAAAACUUAUUUUUACCUUUUUUUUUAUUGUACAUUUUGCUAAAAAUAAACAUUGGAAGGACAAAAUUGGGGAUAAGACGGAUAUAUAAGGGAGUUCACAAUCUUGUAACAAGUUGUAUUUCGUUUGGAUUAUUAUUAUUGGUACACACUUUUCUUUGUGUAAUUUACAAAAUUAUAUCAUAUUAUUGUUUCUUCU